AUGACGAUCACUACUCCUAUUCAAACUUCCCUAACCAAAUUAUUGGGCAUUAAAACUCCAAUUGUGGAGGCUGCAAUGGCUGGUGCUAGUGGAGGAUUACUUGCUGCGCAAGUCAGCCUCGCUGGUGGCUUUGGUUUUCUUUCAGCAGGCUACGACUCUGUAGAAAAUCUGGAAAAGGAGAUUAAUAUUGCUCGCAGUCUAUUACAGCCAAACGGAGACAUACUUCCAAUCGGUGUAGGCUUCUUAUGUUGGCAAUUGGAGAAGCUUCCUGAUAAAGCAGAGAAACUUUUGACCGUUGCGCUGGAGAACCGUGUUCAAGCAGUCUGGUUUGCUUUCGGCAACGAUAUCGGCCGUUGGGUGAAUUUUGUGCGAGAGAACGACCCCCGAGCACACACCAAGGACGCUGUCAAAAUAUUCAUUCAAGUCUCAACGGUCCCAGAUCUACGUCUGGCGCUCGACACCUGGAAAGCUGACGUGAUUGUUGCUCAGGGUAAUGAAGCAGGGGGUCACGGACUGAGUACAAGCCUUACUACCUUGACCUUACUUCCAUUAUUCGCACAGGUUGUGGCGGAGUCCAAUGGACCUCCUUUGCUUGCGGCAGGAGGCCUUGCUACUGGCUCGCAAAUAGCCUCUCUACUUACUCUCGGUGCUUCUGGGGUGGUCUUGGGAACUCGCUUUCUCCUCUCUCCAGAAAGCUUGUACACCGAUGUACAACGUACGGCGCUUGUUGAAGCCGAUUCUUUCAAGUCAGUACGUACCAUGGCUUUCGAUUACGCUAGAAAUACUCUGGGUUGGCCUGAAGGUAUCGAUGGAAGGGGAUUGCGUAACGCUACUGUUGAUGACUAUGAAAAAGGAGAAGAUAUGGAGAUAAUUAGGAAGAAAUUCGCGGAGGGCGUGCGAAUGAAUGAUACGAGUAGGUCAGUCGUUUGGGCGGGCUCAGCAGUGGGGUUAAUGUCCAAAAUAAUACCUGCAAGAGAAAUUUUACUUGAACUACAUGAAGAAUGUCUGCAAUGUCUAAAAAACACCUCUAAUCUGAUAUCGAAGUGA